AUGGUGAAAGGAAAAGAAAAGUCCACUUAUUCCAAAGGAAGGUGUAAAGCCCUGGAAAAACUCGAAAAUACAGAUAGGAUCUGCUCGGAUAGCUGUGGGAUCGGUCUGCUCGUCCAGCAUAUCGUCUUCGUUAUCUGGCGUUAUCAAGAAGUGUGGAAAGAAAUAGCCGACGGUAGAACGUUUAACGAAGGGAAUAUAAGGGAAUACGCAUACCGCUUACAACCCAGGGAUAUAAUCCAACACAGAUUCGAAGUAGAAGGUCAUAAUCUUCUACUUCGACACAUGAAGAAGGAACAAUACGGCAUUAAGAAACAUCGCAAAAGCACCGUUCAAACAGAAGGGAGGUCGUCAGGAGCCAAAACGAGAGACAAGAAUAAUUUAAUAGAGUGGAAAUACAGAUCCUGCAGCGAGGUAACAGAUGAGGAAGCAGAAAAACGAGUCUUAGUGGUCUCAGGUGGGCCCCAAAGGUAGAACAGAACCUUUAGCAAAAACCCAAGACCCUUCGACCGGAAAAUCAAGGCGGAGCCACAUCUAACGAGAUUUCUAUCCGAUUGAAGGAAUCUGUCCUUUCUGUAAUUGGAAAUUUAUUUGUGGCUUAUUGCAUAAUAGCAAGUACUGUUAUUAUUAGAAUAUAUAUACACCUACUUAUUUUCCAUCAUAAUUAACAUUUUUAGUCAAAAAUUCUGUACCAUUAAAUAGUGAAAUAUUAAGCACUUAAUAUCAUCUUGUAGUCAUAUAAAUUAUAAUGAAGUCCUGUAAGGAAGAAUGUCCAUUGUCAUUUAAUUCUUAAAUUAG